AUGUCUCUAGUUUCUCGGGUUGUAAAUCCUAGUCAUAACAGCAGUUAUAAUUAUCAUGAUCGGUAUAAUACAAAUAAUAGAUAUAGUCAACCAAUGCAACAAUCAUUAUAUUAUCUUAGAGAAGAACAACAUCGGGUCUACCAUCCAAAUAAAUCUCAAAAUCGUAAACAAAAUGCCUCACUACCUUCUGUUCCACCACCAUCUCCAAAAUCCUUUAUUACUGAACAAUCAUAUGCUUCAAAAGUAAAAAAUAUUACUUUACCUCCUAUUAUAAAAUUACCUAAGCAACAUGUUGAUUUCAUUACUUGUAAUAUUCCCUAUGAAGAUGGAAAGUUUAUUAAGGGAUUAAGGAUGGUUAUCGGUCCGGUUACUGAACCUGAUUACAAUAUCUUUUGCGAGUCAAAUAUUGUGCAUCAUCUUCUUCAAAAGAAGGAUAGUAUUGAAAGCGUAUCACAUGAAAGGUUUACUGAAGCAAGGCAAAAAUCAAAUCCAUACGAAAAAGUUGGCAAUUCAAUUUUCAUGAAUAGAGCUGCUGUAAAAUUGGCAUGUUUGGAUUCUCUAAUUGGUCUUACAACAAUUAAAAGAGAUGAUCCAGUUAAAGAUCAUGUAUUUUGUUUUGCGGACAUAUGUGGUGGACCAGGAGGAUUUACAGAAUAUUUGCUUUGGCGUAAACUUUCUUGGGGAGAACAAGUCUCUGGAUGGGGAAUUACUUUAAAUAACGCGCAAAAUUUUGAUAUAAAUAGAUUUUAUCAUGAAACUAAUCCAAGAAAAUAUUUUAAUCCGUGUUAUGGAGUUGAUGACACGGGUGAUUUGUAUAAAGAAGACAAUAUCAAAGAUUUUGAAAGGACCAUAAAAGAUGGGACUCGAGGAAUUGGUGUAGAUUUAGUAACAGCUGAUGGUGGAUUUGAUGUAAGAGGACAAGAACAAUAUCAAGAAAUUCAUCUAAAACAACUCAUAUUAUGUCAAGUGCUUACAAUGUUUAUGAUACUCCGAAAAAAUGGUGAUUUUGUAUUAAAGUUAUUUGAUAUUUUUACACCAUUUACUGGAGGUAUCGUAUGGAUAUUAUAUCGUCACUUUGAAAAGAUCUGUAUAAUUAAACCAUUAUCGAGUAGGCCGGCAAAUUCAGAAAGGUAUAUAAUCUGUCGAAAUUUACGAGAAAAUAAUCCAACAAUUAUAAGUUACCUUUUUAAAGUGAAUCAAAAGUUUAAUGAAAUUAAAUCAACUAAAAGCAACUCAACUUUAUCACCAAAAACCACAUCAUCCUUUAAUCGAUUAUUAAUGCGAGAAUAUCAAUCACAUUCUUCGUAUUCACGACAUUCGAAAAUACCAACAUUACCAAAGGUGGAUAUAAAUGAAAUUAUUGAUCUUUCAGAAAUUAAUAAGGAUCAAGAAUUUUUGAGAUAUAUUAAACAAAAGAACAUCGAUAUUGCUAAAAGUCAGAUUAAAGCUAUUGAACAAUUGUUAAAUCUCGUCAAGAAUUCAGAAAUGAAACCACCUAAUCAGGAAGAAUUCAAAAGACUUUGUUUACGAGAAUGGGGAUUACCAAGUCAAGAAUAA